GCCAUGAGGCAGUUUGUAUAACGUCGUUGUCGAAUGCGCUGGUUAAAAAAGUUUGCGACGCAUGCGCGGUUGCCGAUAUAAAGGCGGGAAAACUUUGUUUGCCUAUGUAGUUUGCGUGUCUGUGGUGUGCGUUUUUGAAAUUCGAAUGUUGUUUUUGAGAAUGGAUUGCAGCUUUUAGUGGUGUUCUGUGAUAUUAUUGUUUUAUUUAUAUGUUAUUUAAUUUAUUAGUGGUUAUUUGUACAAAAUAUAUGUUUAUGAAAGCUCAAACAUGUUGAAGGUACCGAAUCCAAAGAAGUUGAUACGCAGAGUGUUUCCCAUACUGCAAUGGUCGAGGACUUACGACGCAAGAGCGGGGGUUGGGGACUUGAUAGCCGGUAUCACCAUCGCACUUACAUUGGUACCGCAGUCUAUUGCGUACGCAUCCCUUGCAGGAUUUGAACCCCAGUAUGGCCUUUAUUCUUCUUUCAUGGGUCCGUUUGUGUAUGCGAUUAUGGGAACUAGUCCCCAGGUGAACCUCGGUCCGUCAGCGUUAAUAUCCCUGCUCACGUUCACGUACACAAAUGGGACUAAUCCAGACUUCGCCAUACUUCUUUGUCUCAUGGCUGGUAUCGUGCAACUCGUGGCCGGAGUUGCACAACUUGGUUUCCUAGUGGAAUUCAUAUCGUUGCCUGUAGUAUCGGGCUUCACGUCGGCAGCUGCGAUCACAAUAGCGUCUUCUCAAGUAAAAGGCUUGCUGGGUCUUCGGUAUAACGCAGACACGUUUGUGACGACUUGGGCGAACUUCUUCAAGCACGUGCAUGAGACGAGAUUAACUGAUUCCAUGCUCAGCUUGGGAUGCUGCCUUGUGUUAAUAGGAAUGAGGGCACUUAAAGACAUCAAAAUCAAAGAUAAGGCAGCUGACGAAAAGGGUAGCCGAAAAGCAAAAAUAUUGAAAAGGUUCUUGUGGUUUACCGGCGUGGCUCGAAAUGCUGUUGUGGUGUGUUUAGCAUCAGUCACAGCCUUCAUCCUGCAUGAAGAUAAAUACGACCCGUUUCUUCUAACUGGGACAAUAACUGCCGGUUUGCCAGCCGUCCGUCCGCCGGCAUUUGAAACUACAGUCGGGAAUACAACGUACACGGGAGGCGAUAUGCUCUCACAUCUCGGCUCCGGAUUGGCUGUUGUUCCCAUUGUCGCUAUCCUGUCCAACGUUGCUAUUGCUAAGGCUUUUGCCAAAGGAAAAACAGUGGACGCUACCCAAGAGAUAGUAGCACUGGGCGUAUGCAACAUAGUGAGCGCGUUCUUCCAGUCCAUGCCGGUCAACGGCUCCUUCUCCAGGAGCGCCGUCAGCGACGCCUCGGGGGUCAAGACGCCCGGCUCCGGGAUCUACACGGGUAUAAUAGUGAUACUGACGUUAGUAUUGCUGACGCCAUACUUCUACUUCAUCCCUCGCGCCGCGCUGGCCUCCGUCAUCGUGUGCGCCGUGCUGCAGAUGGUGGAUUAUAAUAUCAUCAAGAAAAUGUGGAAGACAAGCCGGCUGGACAUCAUCCCGCUUUUGGGCACGUUCCUGUGCUGCCUAUUCCUGGGUAUCGAGAUCGGUCUGGUGUGCGGAGUUGGCAUCGACGCACUUCUGCUACUCUACUACCAUUCCCGUCCACCGCUAGACGUACAGUAUGUUGAUGACGGCAUUCUUCCCCCUCACUACGCAAUCCGUCCCGUAGGCGGUCUCCACUUUGCGGGCGCCGAACGCGUUCGUCACAAACUGUUCACCCUACAAAAAUCCAAACCCGUCCCUCCGAUCACUACCAUACACACUAUUAACAAUAUACCAGAGAACGAAACAAGAAGAAGUUUGCAAUGGAGUGUACCACAUAAUGGGGCAGCUGUGUCGGUACAAAGCAGGAGGAAUGAUGUGGAAGCUCUGGGAGUCAGACCAGCUCACCUGCUUGUCAUAUACUGUGACGCGCUGUACAGAUUGGACUACACUUUCUUACAGAGUAUGAAAAUGUUAGUAAUGGACUGGUCCCGGACGGGUCGCGUGAUAUGGUGCGACGCGCGACAGUCGGUCAGAGAUCAACUGAGCUCAGUCUUGACGGAUCCCAUCUUCUGUGACAGUGUUCAGUUGAAAAGUUUAUUAAGUGGCCCCAGCGAAGAGAUGCAGACUACCAAUAAUGAUACAGCCUUUUAGUUUGUAAAUAUUUAAAAUAAGUAUGUGUUAAUAGCGACAAUAAAGAACAAAUCCCUGAUGUUUAUUUGUUGGGUUUUUCUGGUGUUUUAGACUAGAUUUUAUGAACAAAUAUCUGGACCUUAAAUGCUCUUAGUGAUUAUUUUAAAAUGUCCUCGGAGUUUGAUUUUUCUGAUAAGCUAUUUAGUUCUGUCUAAAGCCAUUUAUUUAUGCAUAAAUAAAUUGUUUAUAUAUAGUCUCUCAAAAUUGAAAAAUAAGAAAUGCUAAUGAAAAUGUGAAUGGUCUGACAGCGAACUUUACAUUCAUGCAUUUCAGAACAUUUUCAAAACUUAUCAUACGUAACUAAACUGAAGUUAGUCUGACAGCUAUUCAAGUAAACUGUCUCAAUUUAGAGUUAGGGUUAACUGAACCCUAUUAUGAUUGUAAUCGCAUUGUAUUUCUAUAAUACAAAGGGCAACUAUUAGCUUAAAGCCUAUGUAAUUUGUUGAAGACACAUGAAUAAGAAAAGUGAUAACAAAAUGUAAAUUAUGAUUAUUUAGGUAUAUUUAUUUAUGAAUAUUAAGGCUUUUUAUACUUCUAGUUUGUAGUACUAGCUGCUGCCGGCAACAUCGUCAGUAUGGAUACAGAUAAACAAAUAUACCUAGAUUACUCUUCGUGCAUUGUUAAAGCAACUUUAAAUAACAUUCAAAAUCCGAAAUAAUUGAGGGACCAGGAUGAAAAAAUACAGUUCAAUGCAUAAUAAACUGUUAAUGCAUUAUACAUAGGCAGGUAUUAUUUUAUUGUAGGUACAGUCAACUUCAGGUCAGUGGUAACAGUUUUAUAGGAAAAUCGUACUUAUUACUAUUGAGUUAAGGUGCAUGAUAGUUACCACUGAUGUGCAGUCUACUGUACUACUGUACUACGAGUAACCCGGGCAACCCGGGUAACUGGGUUGAGGAGGUCAGCUAGGCAGUCGCUUCUUGUAAAGCACUGGUACUCAGCUGAAUCCGGUUAGACUGGAAGUUGACCCCAACAUGAUUGGGAAAAAAGGCUCGGAGGAGAUGACUACGAUGUCUGAAUUUUUGUUUACCGUUACAAUUUUGAAAUGAUGGCCAAUGUGUAAGUGUGAUAUUUACUUAUAAAUGUAUGUAGUUUACCAUAUUUUGUAUAAUGUCGUUGU